CUAUAACUGCUUCCUGUUAUCAUGACUCAGCAGAAAUCUACCAAAACAAACUUUUAUCAUUUGUUUCUGUUAAUCUGAUACAUUUUCAAAUAAUUUUUCAAAUUCAUUUCACGACUCGACGUCUCAUUGCUCAUGAUGAUCACCAUUAUCCUACAGCGUCUGCAGGACCUGUAUUCAGAAGCUCAAGGGGCAGUAACUUGGAUGAAUGUCUUGAUAUAUGGCUCAAUAUUCACAGCUACAUGGAUGGUUUACAGACUUGCGAUCUACCCGUACAUGUCUGUCCUCAGGAAGAUACCAGGUAGACAAAGGAAUAACAUAUUUAUCGGCAACAUGGGAGAAAUUUUAAAAGGAGAACCUGUGGAUCCAUUUGUGAAGUGGAUCACAGAAAUGAAAAGCGGAUUUAUUCGGUAUCAUCACCUGCUUGGGUACCAGAGAAUUGUUGUUGCAGAGCCGGAAGCAAUGAAGCACAUUCUUAUUACCCAUGCUAAGAAUUACGUAAAGCCGGCUUUUCUAUUCAGAAUUCUUAUGAGGUUCACUGGCAGAGGUCUUCUUUGUUUGAAUGGCCAGGAGCACAUAUCCCAGCGCAAAUUAUGUAUGAGCUCAUUCAAGAUGGCCGUGUUAAAAAACAUGGUUCCAACAAUGCAGCGACAUACAGAAAACUUGAUUGGUUUGUGGAAACGUCAGAUUGAGGAGAACAAUAAAAUGCAGCUUCUAGUUAAUGGAGAUCUUCAAAGAAUGACUAUGGAUAUCUUAUCGGAGUGUGCUUUUGGAUAUGACACCAACUCCCUGUUAGACCCAGAUCAACCUCUAACGAAGGCCGUUCAUUACAUGAUCGGAGGAAUGAAACCAAAAUUGCUUCGAAUACUGAUGCCAAAAAUAUAUGAUGCUUUACCGAUCAGUGAGAAUAGAAAGUUUAAGGAGUAUCAAAAGAUGUCGGAUGAACUUAUCAAGAACUUAAUAGAAAACAAAAAAUCUGUCAUUAAUGAGGACACAGAUGAGUCCAAGUGCACCGAUCUCCUCAGUGUGUUGCUACUGGCUCGCGACGUGGAGACGGGGACUGGGUUUUCUCAACAGCAGCUACGUGACCACGUCUUGACCUUCAUGCUGGCAGGACACGAGACCACGUCCACUGCGAUAUGCUGGUCCCUGCUGUGUUUGGCCCAGAGACCAGAAGUAAUGGCUAGAGUGCGCCAAGAAGUCACAACUGUAUUGCCACCUAAAGGAGAAACCCUGACCUUUGAGCACUUGGAAAAAAUGACAUAUCUCUCAUGUUUUGUGAAAGAAAUACAGAGACUCUAUCCUUCGGUUCCUAUGACAUUCAGACAAGCUGUGAAUGAUGAUGUCAUUAAUGGUCAUUUUAUCCCAGCUGGGACAGUAAUGAAUCUGCAGAUGGGAGCAAUGGCAAGGAGUCCAUUAAUUUGGAAAGAUCCUGAAGAAUUUAGACCAGAAAGGUUUAUGAAUGAAGAAGAGGUGAAACCAUAUACCUUUCUGCCAUUCUUGGCGGGAUCCCGCAUAUGUAUUGGCCAGAAGUUUGCCACCAUGGAGAUGAAAGUGAUUCUUGCAUUGCUCAUUCAUGAGUUUACAUUUCAUCCCCUUCCUGACGUGACGUACAAGAAGCAGCUACGACUCACGAUGAAACCCGAACCAUCGCUCAAGUUGACUGCGGAUAUUAUUUAAGAUGUUCUUUUUAACUCAUCAGGUAGCACUCAGUCCAGUGAUAAAACACUCGCCUGAUGCACGGUCAGUCUAGGAUCGAUCCCUGUCAGUGGGCUUAUUGGGCUAUUUCUUGUUUCAGCCAGUGCACUACGACUGUUAUAUCAAAGGCUGUGGUAUAUGCUAUUGUGUC